GCCCGACAUAAACGCGGAAGAUAAUAGAGCAAGGAGAAAAAUCAAUACGCGCACUGGCUCUCUCUCUCGCGGGGUGGGGUACGUUUCACUUGUUCAGCUGCGAGCGCAGCGAGAAAGACGGGCGAGGGGGUGAGUCACAGCAACCACACCACACUGCUGCGUUUUCUCUCUGCAAGGGUCUCCCCCUUGAAACACUCGCAGUGAGUCACUUGCGAGCAAGUCGCGUCUCCGACCUGACAACGCACACUCGGCCACCACACAUGAUGUGAUGCCGAUUGAGUCCGAAAGAUAGGGUAAGGCGACGAUGGAGGAGGUGAUGGGCCCCGUUUCAGAACCAUCGCAAGGUCCCAUCAGCCACGGUUGUGAAGAUAACUGGACGUGGAGCAAGAAAGACGCAAGCCAUGAGGUACGGCUGCACGGGCCAGGAAACCGCGUGGUGCUGUUCCACCCGAACUGGAGCAGCGGAACGGCAGGGGUCAGAGGCCACCGAGUGCUAAACAACGGCCGCUACUACUGGGAAGUGCGGCUUUCGCACCGCAUCUUCGGCACCAGCAUGAUGGUCGGCAUUGGCACGGCCAAGGCCAGGCUGCACGCUGACAGAUUUAUCAACCUCCUGGGCGAAGACGAAAACGGGUGGGGGCUGAGUCACAAAGGGCUGCUGUGGCACCAGGGCAAGUGGUCACCUUACACGAAGCCAUUCAGGGAAAACGAACCGACCACAGUGGGGGUACUGUUCGACGGCAUUGCGGGCACCUUGAGCUACUACAAAGAUUGUCGAUACCUGGGGGUCGCAUUUCAAGGCCUGGAUAAGGUCAAUGAACCCCUGUACCCCAUAGUGUGCUCCACGGCGGCCAAAACAGAAAUGACGCUCUCCGUGAUGAGGAGAGACUUCGUCAGUUUGCAGGAUCGUUGUCGGGCUGUGAUUGUGACAAAAAUUAUGGACUCGGUGAGCUGCGCGUCCGAGCCGGCUGAGGAGGACGACAACGCGCUGAACAACGUGGCGGCCGCGUUCAGCCAACCCCUGGAGACGCUGACCCUGCCCACCUCGUUGAAGGGCUACCUGGCUGAGACCCUCAACGUGUCUGUCACCCACAGAAUGACCGAGUCCUUCUCCAGGAAGUGGCACCACGAGUCGAGCCCUAGGCUGACGCCUUCCAACCGUUGAUCCGCGCACGGAUUUUAGACUGUGACUUUCAGUUUUUCUAUUUUUGGUCGAGCACUUAAAAAGGCUUUCGAAAUGAUCUCAUCUUGACACUCUGUCGUGUUUCUCUGAACUGCGGUGUCAAUAUUGUCAAAGUAAUGUGAGCGAGUCCCUAUAAUAUAGUUGGUUGUGGGUGUUUGGCCUCGAAUAUCAAAGACUUGAUGAGGAAAGCGCCAAUUUUACAUAAAAAUUCACCUAAUUUCUGGAUGAAUGACUCAAAAGAGAACUUUUGGAAUAGCUUCAACUAAGUUGGCGUUCCCACUUUAUUUUUGUGUGCGUUGUUGUCGUUAUUCAUAGGUCGAAUUGUGACAUAAGAUGCUAAGCUUUUGGAAUGGGCCACAAAUGGAGGAAUGUCUGCAGUUGAAAAACUCCCGUGAAAGCGAGGUGCCAUAUUUGAAAGUAUUUAGCGGGUAAUUGAACACUUCAAAAUGCACCUUUCAAUGUUUGAUAUUUUAGUCACUCAGAAGAGGGGCCAAAUCAGUGGUACAACUGAUCUUUUUCCUUUCCUUCGGACAGCUCCACUAAUAUUUUGGUACUCAAAAGACAUUUUUUUAAAUCUUAAAAAUACCGAAAUCACCCUUUCCAACAUCAAGCUGGCUGUGUUAAGUUUUUAGAAUUUGUCAAUAUAAGACUACUUGUUUUAGCAGGCAACUCAGGAUUCGGCAAUCAGGUUAGAUUUAGACCAAAAUGAGGAAAUUUCCAAUUGGUUUAUGAUUGGAAUCAGAAAGUUAAACAGAAUCGCUCCACCUGAGCAGUUUUGGCUAACCUAACCUUUGCAGCAGUUAAAAGCUAGUCGUCGUCAUAAGUUUUUUAAAAGGUUUAUGUACACUUUGGUGGGGUUAUGAUUCCUUUUCAGGGACUGUUCUCAGCUGAUAUGCAUUUUCUCUGAACUAGUCAUAUUUAAGAAUGAUCCUUGUUGAACGUGUUGGUUUAUUUUCUCCUAGUCUUAAUCAGUGUCUGUGUUUAUUAAGCGUAUAAUGAUCAGUGGUGUUAGUAAUUAAACCGCUGAAGAGGCCGAAACUGUGCAAUUAGAGCUGUUAAUCUACCCAUGACUUUGUCCAUUCAAAAUGGGUUCAUCCAAGUGAAAGGCAUGUUCUUAUCCUUUCCUCUUUUUGAUCUGUGUUUGCGAGUGUGACCGUUAGUUUUUACUGUUUGGCGUACUGUGGAUGUUUGUAUUCUCGGAAGAGCGUGGAGCAAAUCAACAAUAAAAAGACAUUCUUUGUAAUUACCAAACUCCU